GCGGCCAGCCAGCAUUAGCAGCGAGGCGACGCCAGUGUUCGCAACUGACUUGUGUCGACCGGAGGUGUACGGCGCUGCUCUUGCCAUUCCCUGACACUGAGGCGCCCGUUGUGUGAGUGUGUGCGCGCGUGCAUGUUACCGAGUUUUUCCUUGUGAAACCUCCCCGUCGAAGUCAUUCCCCUAAAUACCUUUUCACACACACGAUCUCGUUUUUACUCCGUUAUUCCUGCUCAACAAGUGCCAUUUUCUUUGACGAGAAGUCGUAGGCCGUGUCCCUCUGUGGAACUUUGAAAAGUAAACUUUUCUCAACGAAAGAAGAAAGAAAACCGCCCUCAGAAGUUCCCUGACACUAACAAGUCGAGGGAGGAGACAUACAGGGAAUUUCUGCCACCAUCAGCGCUGGAGAAACAAUAGAUUCUCAUCCCCCUCCGAAGUACUCUUCAUUGGUCUCAAGAUCGUCGGAGCACCAGCCUCCGUUGCUGCUCCGUCGAACCCAGUGAUCUCCUUUGCAUCGAAGCGGUCACCUCAGACCACAAUGUUGUAACAGAUCAACACUGACCCAAUCAACACCUAUCCUGGAACAUUCAGGUUCAUCGUCAUUUAGUCUCAUAGUUUAUAAAUCAAGAGCAGAGAUGGGUGGCGCUAUUGGAAUGUGGGCGCGACAGGUACUGCUAGCCGUUUUGGGCGUGUGGGCGCUAACGUCCGCCAAGCUGGUUUACGUCGAGGAGAAUCUGCCCUUGCCCGGCGUAGAAGCGCCUCCUGGGUCUCCCUGGCCACUGCCGAAGUCCUGGAGUCCUUCCCUGGAGCAGGUGACGAUAAACCCGGCCACCUUCGAAAUAGUGGCGAACCUCACCGGAUGUGACAUCAUCGAUGCGGCAGUGCACAGAUACAAAAGCCUGACCUUGAUUGACCCACUGGGGGCCAGCGAUCCGGACCUUCCAGAGCUGACGACCUUGCAUGUUAUUGUGACGUCAGGAUGCGACCACACUCCACAUCUCAAUAGCGACCCUAAUUAUGAAUCGUAUGUCUUAGAUAUAGCCGUUGUGGGCGGGGUCCAACCAGAAGGCGAAGACGAAGAGCCCGUCGAAGGGAAGGAGAGACUCGGGGAGGGCGUGGCGUCCAUUAUGGCCAGUACAGUAUGGGGCGCCCUCAGGGGCCUGGAGACCUUCUCCCAGCUCGUACACCUCACAGAACCUCAACAUGGACAGGUACCAACGCCAGAGCCUUAUCAGCCCAUGUACCGCCUAAACGUUACUAGAAUCGAGGACGAACCCAGAUUCCCGCACAGAGGUCUACUCCUGGACACCGCCAGACAUUUCCUUCCAAAGGAUAUCAUGCUCAAGGUCCUGGAUUCCAUGGCGUGGAAUAAGUUGAACGUCCUCCACUGGCAUAUCGUAGACGACCAGAGUUUCCCCUACGAGUCGAGGAUCUUCCCGAACUUGACACAGCAUGGAGCGUACACUCCUCGACACGUUUACACUCAAAAGGACGUAGAAGACCUCGUGGAGUAUGCCCGGUACAGGGGCAUUCGCGUCAUACCCGAAUUCGAUACCCCAGGACAUGCUCAAGGCUUUGGGAAGGCCUUCCCUCAUCUUUUAACCCCCUGUUUUGGCGAUGGGAGGACAGCUGGAACUCCUCAUUAUCCUUAUCAUGCAGCUUAUGAGAACUUCGAUCCCACCAACCCACAAGUAUACGAGUUUCUGAAAGCCUUCUUGGUGGAUUUGAAACACACCUUCGUCGACGGAUACAUCCAUCUUGGACUGGACGAGGUCUUCCUGCCCUGCUGGUCGAGCUCUCCAGUCGUGAGGGCCUUCAUGGCCCGCCACAACUACACAGAGGUGAGGCAAGUGGAGCAGCACUACGUGGAAAAGGUUCUGGAUCUGGCCCAACUGACGCCUAUCAACUACGUCACCUGGCAGGACCCGGCUGACAGAGGAGUUCAGAUGGCCAACACCAGCGUCGUUCAAGUCUGGAAGGACGAGUCUUUGGCCCCCAACAACAUGAAAGGAUGGCGCGAGUACGUUCACGACCUGACGGAGAGAGGCUAUCAGGUCAUCCUCUCCUCCUGCUGGUACAUCAACUACAUCACCUAUGGACCAGAUUGGAGGAACUUCUACAAGUGCGACCCCACUGAUUUCCAAGGAACAGAGGAGCAAAAGAAGCUAGUGUUGGGAGGUGAAGCAGCAAUGUGGGGUGAAUACGUCGAUGCAACCAACCUCUUGCCUCGACUUUGGCCCAGAGCCUCUGCAGCAGCCGAGAGAUUGUGGUCCCUCCCUCUGGCAGAAGCCCCCUCAGUAGAAGACGCUGCCUUCAGACUAGACCAGCACCGCUGCAGAAUGCUAAGACGCGGUAUUCCUGCACAACCAAUUCUCAACGGCUUUUGUGGGGAGUGGGAAAUCCCUCAAGCUAUAGAAAUGUCUACACCUCCACCACCUACAACACCAUCCACAUCUUCCACAAGCACUACUACAACUACCACAACAACAACACCAUCCCCUCCAACUACUGCUUCCACUCAACCACCUGCACCACCAUCUCCUGAGACUUCAGCCACAACUACGACUGCGACACCCCAGGCAACACCCCAACCAGCUGUAGCAGCUCCAUCUCAAACUGCUGACUCUGCUGUACCUCAGGAAAACCAGCAACCGGAUCAGAAUAAUCAGCCUGCAGCAGCAGCAGCAGCAGCACCAGAACAACCAGCCCAACCUGUUGAUGCUUCUGUUCCUGCUCCUGCGCCUGUGGCUCCUGCUGUUCCAGAAUCUGUGCCUGAAAUUGUGACUACUGCAGCUGUUCCAAGUCCUCCAGUAGCACCUUCGGAUGGUGCAACGAACACCAUGGUUCAAGAUACUCCAGCUGCUGGAGGUGCCGCCCCUCAAGAAGUACCCACUGCAAACGAGGCCCCUGCCCCCCAGGCUUCAUGAAACUAAUGCUUGUGAUAUAAUAGCAUGUCUGUGACCGCUUAGUCUGUCUUGUUCAUAUACGUUCAUGUGCUAAUGGAAAAAUUGCCUGUUGGAUAGACGUUCAGAACUGUGGAACCAGAGGGAUUUGACCGUUUCAAAGUUGAUUUUGAGUCACUGGAAAAGUAAAGAUGUGUUCAUUGCAUUGCACUUUUGCAAAGUGUUAUGAACAUGAUGCCUUAUUCAUUGAUAAAUAUUUGUUCGCUUUUUAUUCUAUUUGUAACUUGGAAGCAGAGGUAAAAUGGUAUUGAUACGCUGAUAGACAGUUGUCUGUUGAUCCAUUAGCUCCCAGCAGAUUGUGAUAAAUAUAGACCUAGUAGAGAUCCUCCUCAAAAUGUUAUAUCCUCGAGUAUCCUCUUCAGGAAGAAGAAGAAGAUACUACUGCAUAUUGUCGAGCCGCGGCGGAUGGAUGGGAUCAGAACCUAUUCACACCUGGCAUAUAAACCAGAUUAUAUUUCAAAACUAUGUCAGCUGUCUCUGAAGUUCUUCAUGCCCACUUAUUCUUUCUCAUUCAUUCGACUUAUUUAAUUAAAAAUAAAAUUCAACAUUUUAUAUAAAAAAUAAAAAAAAUUAAUGUAAUUUUUUUACAUAAAUGCUUCUCUUGUAGCUUAUGGGCCCAUGGAAACAAGGAAAAAAGAUGUGCUAAAUAUCCGAAAAACAUAUCGUUGCAUUAUCAUCAUCACCUUAGUUGUUAUUAUUAUUAUUAUCAUCAUAUGUAUGAGGAAUUUACUCUGUCAAUAUAAGUAUUUUUAAGUAUCUAUUCUCAGAUAUGUUGAGUAAGUUUCUCCAGCUUGUUCAUAUACCUACUCAGAAGAAUGAGUGUAUAUUGUGAAAUGGUGCACAUUUUUAUUUUGUACUCGUGUGUCUUGGAAUUUUGUCCAGAGGUUGAGAAAAGGACCAGCGGUAAAUAAAGCAGUAUGCCAAAUGCAUCGCGGGACAGCUGAGUCGCGUGAUGCGUCUUUCCCUUGUCCCAUACGCGAAUGGUUCACGAUCGACUUUUGAUUGAGAAUCAUUCCUCUCUCAAUUAUGUUAAUUGUUGUGUUUUUUAUAUCAAGGUAUUUGUGCAUUAAUUAUUAAACUCACUGAAUCUUCA